AUGAGCAGCACCAGUCCAGCAACUUGCAGUAGAUCCUGGUCUAUUAGUGAAGAUUCAUUGAGAAGAUACGUGUUUCAUGCCAGUGAGAAUUGCAUUCAAGAAUUACUUUCAGCUUCAGAUUCCAAUAGAUCAGUUGAGAGUAGUAGUGUAAAUGAUGGCUGGAAAAUACUUGCUAUAGACAAUGGCAUGGAGAUAUCGAAACGCCGGUCUGGUUCACUUCACACUUUUCGCAGCAGAUGGUUGCUCAAAUCUGUCUCGGCCCAGCAGUUUAUUACUGUCGCCAAUGCCAUCGAUGCUGCAAAGCAAUGGGACCCAGAUUUAGUAGAAGCCAGGUAUAUAAAAGACCUUGAAGAAAAUCUGAGUAUCAUCCGUCUGCGGUUCGGAGAUAAAUCCAAACCUUUAUUCAGAAACCGAGAAUUUAUUGUCUAUGAGCGACGUGAAACCAUGGACGAUGGAACUCUGGUAGUUGCAGUAGCUUCUCUUCCGAAAGAGAUAGCCGAUGGUUUACAUCCAAAGCAAAAUAAUGCCAUAAGAGGCUUAUUAUUACAGUCGGGAUGGGUCGUAGAGAAGCUUGAAGAUGGUUCUUGCAUGGUCACUUACAUUGUUCAGCUUGAUCCAGCAGGAUGGCUGCCCAAAUGCUUCGUGAAUCGUUUCAAUACAAAACUGGUUAUGAUAAUUGAGAACCUGAAAAAUCAAGUUCUUGCUUGUUCUACUAAUGGAGAUACAUAA